AUGUCUUUCUACUGGCAAAACCACUCAUACCUCCUCCAGAGCGAUCCGAUCCUCGACGGCUACCAAACCAACAUCGAAGAACAGCUGGCCAGAGGCGCAACCCAUCCACACAAACACCAAGGCCUCCUCCUAGGCGCAGUUGGAGAAUUUGGAAUCUUCGUACCGACGACUACGAAGCCGAGGAGAGGGUUGGGUUGCCAGCCGAUCGCAAACAUGAACGAUCCAAACUACGCCAACGCCAAAUACAAACUGCAGCAAGGCCAAGUCCCGCCCCAUGUGCUCAUCUGCACGGAGCUGUUGGUCAUACUCGAGCUGGCAAACUGCAAGGCGUUCGUUUCCGUGAAGGGCAAAACGACCUUGAAAGUCCUACAUGGCAGCAGCGCAAUCCAUAUCCAAAGAAGCGACAAUUUCAAACGACUCCUGAAAUUCACUGCGACAGUGCUGUGUGCGCCCUAUACGUUGAGCGUUGAAAUCGGACUUCUGCAGGUAAGAGACGAUCGUGGACUGGAGACUAUCCCCAAGGCCAUCCCCGUUACAAACCUGGCAUGCACCGUAUCGAUGCCAUGGACGUACGGGAAUGCCUGGGGAUAUAUCGCUCUUUCCUCCGUCCUCGCCCAGCAGGUGAGCCAGGAGCGCCAGUCGUGCGCUGGUGUGGUGGUAUCUCGCCAGCUCGUUCAGAUGAUGGAUACACGCAUUCGCAUGUAG